AUGACUGAGUUAUCCUUCUCAAACACUUCCACCAAGAAGAAUGAGUUAUCCAGUAACCUCUUUUCCAUCUUCUUCAACUUCUGUUUCUCCAUUUGUUCUCAUCCUUUGUACUUCUCCUACUUCAUCUUCUUCUCCCCUUACCUCCUAAGGAUCCUCUCUUUCCUCUCCCCUUUGUUCAUCACCACAGCCCUUCUCCUUGUUGCCCUUCUCACUUUUACUCCCAACAAUCUUGUUCAGGACAAGUGCGGUUCUGAGCCUUCUGAGUCCAAAUGGGGCAUUCUUCUUUCUGUCUUGCAAUAUUUUCUUGCAUGGCUGCACUCCAAGGCUGAUGAGAUGGAUGAGGACAUGGGGUUGCUAGGUGAGGUUGAAGCAUAUCUUGUCAUGUUCCAAGCAUCAAUCUUUGAAGUGUUUGAACCCAAGUCAGUGGAAGAAUGUUCAGAAGGAUUCGAAGCAGUUGAUGUUGAGUGCUUAACUGAAGAAAGAGAAGAUUCUUGUCCAAUUGGAGAUCCAAAGGCUAGUGCCAAAUUGGAUGAAAACCCUGUUCCACAACCAAAGUUCGAUUUUCCAUUGGAAGAUUUGCCUAUAUUUAGUGCCCGACAGAGUUUUGAACAAGAUUGUCCCCAGAGGAAGAUACAUGUGGAGAAGCAAACAGUGUUGGAUGAAGACAGUGUUGAAAAAGUUGAUGAAGUGGAAGCCAGUGUGCCAAUUGUGGAAGUCAAGAGCCUAGAAAGCUUGUUCCAAGAAAAUGAAGGGUUGGAAGAUUUGUGUUGUGAAAAGGAGCAGAAAGAAGUGAAGCCACUGAUUGCUGAGUUCAAUAAAGUUGAAGAAAGUAAAGAGAAAUUGGGGUUGAGAAGUGGAUCCAAAGUGAGUCCUAUGAGUGAUGGAGAAUUUGGUUUUGCUGCAUCAGGGAGGGUGAAGUCUUUAUCACAAAGACUGGAAGCAAACAUUGGGAGUCCAGAAAGCAACUGGGUGUACAGUGGAAAAGGCAUAGGAAAUGGUGAAGCAUUUGGGUCCAAUCAUGGGGGUUUUGGUUCAAUGAGAGUGGAGAAAGAGUGGAGGAGGACCUUGGCCUGCAAGCUGUUUGAGGAAAGGCACAAUGCAGAUGGGAGUGAAGGAAUGGACAUGCUUUGGGAGACUUAUGAGACAGAGUCCAACAAGGUUCUGCAGAAGAGCAAGACCAAGAAAGGGAAGAAAGGUGAGGUUGAGAAAAAUGAGGAUGAGGAAGAGGAAGAGGAGGACAUGGAGGGUAAGUUGUGCUGCUUACAGGCUCUCAAAUUCUCAACAGGGAAGAUGAAUUUAGGAAUGGGAAGACCUAAUCUUCUCAAAUUCUCCAAGGCCAUCAAAGGCAUUGGAUGGUUGCACCAUGUUGGCAAGCAUGGCAGAAAAAGUAGCCAUUCAAAUUAG